AUGGCCUCGGCGGCGACGUCGCAAUGCCAUGAAGGGCCGUUCCCUGGCAAGGAGCCUCCUGGGUUUCUUGAUCUGCCCACUGAGGCCCAAAAUCUCAUCUUUAAUCAUUGCUCGCAAGCCGACCUCAUCUGCCUCGCCCUUGUGUCGAAGCAUUUUCGAGACCUCGCUGCCGCCCAGCUCUACCGCAUUUUCCACAUUGUAUUUCCAGACGAAGAGGACCCCGCGUCCGACUCGCCUAUCGACAGCCUCGCUGGUGGGCUGGAUACCUUUGUCACCAGUGAUUACAACUACGCCAGGUGGCUGCGCGAUAUCUCCCUCGACACCCUCAGCGCAGGUGAAAAGGCCGAAAGCGCCUACAAACCAUACUUGUACAGCACAAGCUGCGGCAAGUUCCUCAACACCUUGCUCCUAAUCACACUGCGCAAGGCCAAGUCUUUGGAGAGAUUCCAAUGGAACAUCCGAGUCGAGCUCAGCCGCCCCGUCUACCAGGCGCUUCACCAGAUCACCACAUUGAAGCACCUGCACCUACGACUCCAAGCCGGACCCUCACUCUUUGAGCCGCCCCCUCCCCUUCCAUACCCGAUCCCCACUGCUCCUCAACCAAACCCUCCCAUCAACGACUGGCACCCCAUCACCAUCAGCCUCCCUCUGCCACCACCGCCUCCGAUCGGUCUCGGGACCGGCCUCGUCAGCUUGCCGUACGCCUCCACACCCGUGCUCCCCCCGCCAAUGCCACCAGCACCCAAGGCCCAUGCACCCAAGACUAAGCGUAAGCCUCUGCCAGCGAACGAACCUGCCACACUUUCUGGCUUCAAAAAGCUCAGGUCACUCGCCGUUCUCGACAUUGAUAAUCUGGAACUGGUUUCGGAGAUCAAGAAGUGUGUGCAAAGCUCCUACUUGACGCUCAACAAGCUCAAGCUCUCUCUCUCUCCCAGCCUGGCCAUUCAAUCUCGGAAACCGAACCCCAAUCUUGAUCACGAUGAGGACGACCCUGAUGAUGAAUUCCAUAUCGUUCCCAUGGCCUCGGGACCGCACUGGGAUGAUGCUGCCGCACCCGUCAAGGCGUUCCGCGCCCAGGAGGAGCGGAAGCGCCAGGAGGAAGUCCUCGCUAGCGUCUUUGGCGUAGAGCCUGCCUGGAUCGAUAAGGCUCAGAAGAAGGUAAAGGACAAGAAGGACAGGAAGCUCAAACAUGAUCCCAAAGAGACUCGCUCUGGCGCCGAGAUCUUCAUGGAGCGUCUGAAGGAGGUGUCAGCCAAGCUGAUCGCAGGUACAGAGGGCACGGAGCAAGACGAUCUUGAGUCGAGGGAAGCUGUCUUAACCAUGAUUCAAGAAGCUGCUGAGAAGUACCUCCAGUCGAACGAAGCUAAGGAAGCGACCGAGACAGCAGCCAAGACCGAGAAGGAGAAUUCUUCAACGAACCCGCCGAAUGAAGUGUCAACAUUUUCCAAGCCUGCGAAGCCAAAAUUCAAGGAAGCAUCCCCUGAGGAUAUUGAUGUUGAGGAACCCAUCCCGGAUGAGGCUGACGAUAACAUGGAGAAUAAGAGUCCGCCUGAGAAGGAAGCACCACCUUCAGCACCUCCCGCGACAGCAAAUGCGACGCCUUCUAGCAGCACAGACAGUCGCUCACCAGAUGCCCCAAAAGUCUCUUCCACCAAUACGCGAGAGAUGGGUGGAAAGAACUCAACGACGCCGCAGAGGAAGGACAAUGACGACCCUACAACGAUGAGCGAUUACAUCAGGUUCACCCGUGGUGCCUCUCUGCACUCAUUCAGCGUCCACCUGAUACCUGUCAAGGCAUCUGUGCUCAAGGCUUCCCUUGACCUGAGGGUCUUGAAGAGACUCACAUUGCUGAAUGUUGGUCCCCAGACUAGCAUAUGGUCAAUGCUCUCGAAGGAAAACAAAAUCUCGCCAUUGCCCUUGCGCAAGAUCUUCACCGACAACGUGUCCAUGGCUUUCCUGACCUGCGUGGCCCAAUUGGAGGAGGUCACGGAGCUGUUCAUGCUAGAACGUGCAGAGAAUUACCGACCAGAAAGUUUCGCGCCAAAGACGUCAGUCAACAUGGAUAACAUUCGCCGACUCGUGCUACGACGUCACAUCGGUACACUCAAGAGGCUGAUGGUUAAGAACGACAUGGACUCAAGCUGGGAUGCUGACGAGAAAACGGUGUUGUUGAUAUGCAACCGCGGGAAGCAGCUCGAAGAGCUGGCAGUGGGCAUGGGAAUUCGCGCAAUGCACACCUUCUUGCAGCAUUUCCCGGGCCUGCCCAAACUGCGCGCCCUCAAUGUCGUCCACUUCCGCAGCGAGGACACUUGCCCGUGGGUCAUGCGCGAGACACGUCGAUUCUUGAUCGACAAUCUCUCUCAUCAUCCUGAGCUCGCGCUGGAGUGGAUCUCCAUUGACGAUGACAGAGUUGAACGUGUCAUACGUGGGCCGUUCCCUUCAGAUCGACCCAACAGCGACAAGAAGAAGAAGAAGGGCAAAGGCAAGGCCACGGUUUUGACCUCCAGCGAUACGGAGACGAGCCCUUUCCCCGAGCUGCCCCUCCAUAACUGGGACAACCCCAGCGACAGUGACGACGAGGACACGGACGUAUCGGCGCAGUUGAAGCUGGACACGAUUACAGACGUGCACUUUUACGACGUGUGGGCGUCCGCAUGUUCAAGAAGGAGGUUAUGA